CGCACCUGUUGCGUCUCUCUGUGUGCAUUGUAACCCUAGCUGGGUUUCCUGAUAACUGUUUGCUGUAGGGACAUUAGAUGAGGUCUGGCGGUGUACAGGACUGCGCACCAGUCCUCCAGAGCCGCACCUGUAUACACGCCGCAGGUGUAGUGACACGUCAGUGAGUGGCCGCUCUGGUGCCACUCGAUUACUGGAUAUUGGUAUGUUACUGGUUGCCUACAGCUCGUCUCUCCAGCUUUACUGGUCUAGUGAGUCCCUCUCCAUACAGGAAUUAUGUGAAGCAAUCCCGAUGGCGACGGGUUUAUAAGGGUGGAGAGAACAUAUUCUGCCAGAAUCCCACUUCCUAUGAACUACCGAUGCCACAUCCGCACCUUGUGAUCUCGAGCAGUUCCUUUCCUAUGCCCAGCACGGUAUUCUGAGGACUACAUCUUUUGUACAUUUCCUGAGGCAACAGUACACACUGUGCCCGCAGAGUUUACUCUGGAACCAUGUCAGGGAGUUACACCCCGUCUCCAGGAGGUCCUUUCUCAGCCCUCACGCCAAGCAUGUGGCCACAAGACAUACUUGCCAGAUAUACUCAAAAGGAGCAGACUGUAGAUCAGCCCGAGUUUCGUUACGAUGAGUUUGGAUUCCGAGUAGAUAAAGAAGAUGGUGCAGAACCAAAUUCAAGUAAGUUGUUGGGAAUUCCACUUACAGAAGAUCCCCAGCAGAGGUUAAAGUGGCAGGCCCAUCUAGAAUUCACCCACAACCAUGAUGUAGGAGACCUAACGUGGGACAAGAUUGAUGUGACCCUCCCCCAUUCUGACAAGUUACGAUCCCUUGUGCUAGCUGGAAUCCCCCACAGCAUGAGACCACAGCUCUGGAUGCGGCUGUCAGGUGCCUUACAGAAGAAGAGGAAUUCAGAAAUGACAUACCGAGAUAUUGUACGGAACAGCUCCAAUGAUGAGACAUUAGCUGCUAAACAGAUUGAAAAGGAUUUGCUUCGCACUGUGCCCAGCAAUGCGUGUUUCUCCAAUCUGCAAAGUGUGGGUGUGCCUCGCCUCAGAAGAGUGCUGCGCGGCCUGGCAUGGUUGUACCCAGAUAUUGGGUAUUGCCAAGGCACAGGCAUGGUGGCUGCAUGCUUACUCCUCUUUCUGGAGGAAGAAGAUGCUUUCUGGAUGAUGAGUGCCAUUGUAGAAGACUUGGUGCCAGCUUCUUAUUUCAGCACCACCUUGAUUGGUGUUCAAACAGAUCAGCGGGUACUAAGACACCUCAUAGUUCAAUACCUCCCACGACUGGACAAGCUGCUACAGGAACAUGAUAUUGAGCUGUCUCUCAUCACUUUGCACUGGUUCCUCACGGCAUUUGCCAGCGUAGUGCACAUCAAACUGCUGUUGCGGAUCUGGGAUGUAUUUUUCUACCAAGGUUCCCUUGUCCUCUUCCAGGCCACCCUAGGCAUGCUAAAACUUAAGGAGGAAGAGCUCAUCCAGUCUGAAAACUCUGCCGCUAUCUUUAACACUCUGUCAGAUAUUCCUACCCAUAUUGAGGAUGCAGAUGUCCUACUGCGGGAAGCUAUGAUGAUUGCAGGAACCCUCACGGAAGUUAUGAUUGAAGCUCAGCGACGCAAACAUCUGGCCUACCUAAUCGCAGACCAGGGCCAACUGCUUAAUUCAACGGCUGCCGUCACUAGCCUUUCUAAGAUUAUGAGACGGCAGAGUCAGCGCCGAAAGUCUGGGAUUACCACCCUUUUAUUUGGUGAUGAUGACUUUGAGGCCCUAAAAGCCAAGAAUAUCAAGCAGACAGCGCUGGUGGCAGAUCUGAGAGAGGCCAUCCUGCAAGUCGCCCGUCAUUUUCAGUGCUCUGACCCUAAAAACUGCAACCUAGACCUGACACCUGACUACAGUAUGGAGAGCCACCAGAGAGACCAUGAGAAUUACGUGUCAUGUUCCCGAAGCAGGCGCCGUAGAGCAAAGGCUCUUCUAGACUUUGAGCGUCAUGAUGAUGAUGAGCUUGGCUUCCGCAAGAAUGACAUCAUAACGAUUAUUUCUCAGAAGGAUGAACACUGUUGGGUAGGAGAAUUAAAUGGACUCCGGGGCUGGUUUCCCGCAAAGUUUGUGGAAAUUCUUGAUGAAAGGAGUAAAGAGUAUUCAGUUGCUGGGGAUGACUCUGUCACAGAGGGGGUUACAGACUUGGUUCGAGGAACCUUAUGUCCAAGUAUUAAGGCAAUAUUUGAGCAUGGACUGAAGAAACCAUCUCUGUUAGGAGGUCCCUGUCAUCCCUGGCUCUUCAUUGAGGAGGCUGCCAGUCGGGAAGUGGAGAGAGACUUCGAUUCAGUAUAUUCACGCCUUGUUCUCUGCAAGACCUACAGGUUAGAUGAGGACGGCAAGGUGUUAACUCCAGAGGAACUAUUGUACAGGGGUGUACAGUCUGUGAACGUAAGCCAUGAUGCUGCUCAUGCACAGAUGGAUGUCAAGCUCCGUUCACUUAUAUGUAUUGGUCUCAAUGAACAGGUCAUCCACUUGUGGCUGGAAGUACUUUGCUCCAGUUUACAGACAGUGGAGAAAUGGUACCAGCCGUGGUCUUUCCUGAGGAGCCCAGGUUGGGUACAGAUAAAGUGUGAAUUAAGGGUUCUGUCAAAGUUUGCCUUCAGUUUGUCACCAGAUUGGGAAUUGCCUGUGAAAAGAGAGGACAAGGAGAAGAGGCCAUUGAAGGAAGGGGUACAAGACAUGUUGGUUAAACAUCACCUCUUCAGCUGGGAUAUUGACGGCUGAUGGUGUUCUUCUCGUGCUGAAUAAAUGUCUGACUCUAUGGAGUCUUACAGAACUUCACUCCAGCAAUGCACUUUUCUGUUACUACUCUACUGCCAAGAACUCUCUGCAAAAAUCUCUUCUUCAUAUAAUAAAUCUGUGGAUGUGACCUCCAGCUGAAAUCUACCAUUAAGGCAAUGGAGGAACUUGUCCACAGCCAGAAAACAGGGACGAGAUUCUGCUACAUUUCAGAACUACCCUACACUGGACCAGUCCCAUUAUCUCAUCCCAUGACAAGUCAGAUUGUAUCCAGUUUAAUGAAGCGGGCGGUCCAAGCUCCUGAAAAUCUAUAGCUGUGUAUAUAUAAAGUACAGAGAAAUAUAUAAGUGUAUAUUUUGAAGCAGAUAUGUUGAUUUUUCUUUUUGUCAGCACAUUUCCUACCUCCUUUCAUUUUCCUUCCACUACUGAACCAUGACACUUUUCAGAAAAAUUAAGUUUUAAAGGGGUUAUCCAACCCCUACAAUGACCCUCAUAUAGAUUAUACUUACCCCACUCCCCGACACCCAUGCCACUUUCUGAUCCCCGCACGGCCACCGCUGCAUCUAGCCGUCGCCCUGAUCAAAACAUACAGGGGGAGCCAAUAACAUGCUGCAACUGGGACAAGCCUCCCUAGCCUCACCCAUGAGGCUAGGGAGGCUUGUCCCAGUUGAAGCAUGAUAUUGGCUAACUUCCCUCUCUCCCCCAUGUUUUGAUCCGAGCGAUGGAGAGAUGCAGCAGCGGCAAUGCUGGGAUCAGAUGCGAGGCGAUUGCCGGGUAGGUAUAACCUAUAUGAGAGCCCAGGCAUUAGUGGGGGGGAGGGGUCAUUAUAGGAGUUGAAUAACCCCUUUAAGAGUAACAUGAGACAAUGGCUCUCAAUGAAAUGUAUUGCUGUAUACCAAGACGUCGAAGGCAACUUUUUACCUUCCAUGACUUUGGAUAGUGUAUUAAAGGACCAGUUGGCUGUGACUAGACUUCCCUUUGUAGAUUAAUAGGACAAAGCUUUGAAUGUUGCAGUAUUUUGUCGUUCUAUUUUUUUACAUGUUUUGAAUACGUUUGAAAUACGAGUAGAUCCAAAUUCUGAAAUAUAAAAUUUCCAAUUUUGUGCAAGGAGAGCUCUCUACAAUGUCUGUUACCUGAAAGCCAGGCUGUGUUUCAAUAGUAUCACAUCACUUAUAUCUCUAGUGCUGUGAUAUUCUUGAAAUGUAAAUGUAUAUGUUUGAAUGUUCAUUUGCAAGCACAAUACCAUAUAGAGAUUGGCUUUAUGUGCCUUCAUGUUGAGUACACGUGGAAACCCUACUCUUAUAAAGUAGAACUAAAUAACGGGAAUGCACUGGGUCUCAUUAAUGAAAAUGAAUGCAGGGAAGAAAGUGUUGACCUUAUCAUAGUGUCCCAGAAUGAAGAGGAAAGAAAAUCAAGGGAUAAUUGCGUAUAUGAAAAUGAAGCAUGUAUGUCACGUUUCUCAUUCUUAUGUUUGACUUUACCUACACUUCCAAAAUCUCACCUGGUUUAUAACAUACAGUGCCUAAAUAAAAAUGCCAUACAGUGUCUA